AUGGUAAAGACAAGGAAUACUGAUUUUGAAGGACAUCAGUCCGAAGAUGAGCACCAGUCCAGGGCCGAGACAGUUGAGGAGACAAACUUGACCGACAUGGUACGCCAGAUGAAGGAAGAGGUGAUAGCCAUGAAACAGCAGCGAGAAAAGGAUGCCGCCGAGAUGGUCGCAUUAAGAGAAGAGAAUGCUGCACUAAAAAAUCAGCACCAGGAUCCCACUUGGAAGCCAUCAGAAACAACCCACACUCAGGAAUCCUUCCAUUCGUACGGCCAUCACACUUCCACUCCUCAUACUUCUGUUGCUACCCCGGUUGUCCACGCGUCGGCGAGCCAACCAUCCUUGUCCCUCGACAAGUACGACGGCACCACAGAUCCGGAUGAGCAUGUGGAUGUAUUCUUAACCCAAGUUACUCUGAGCACUACCGAUGAUGCCGCCUUGUGCCGUAUCUUCCCAACGUCGUUGAAAGGAAGAGCAUUAAGUUGGUUCACCCGGCUUCCCGCCAAUUCAAUCAACUCGUUCGGUACACUAGCUUCACAAUUCACAAUACAGUUUGCUACCAGUUGGCCUCACCAGCUAACCUCGCUGGCACUAGUAGGCAUCCGUCAAGAGAAAAAGGAGUCCCUCCGGAUAUUCAUGAGUCGAUUCAACAAAGCGGCCCUUGAAAUCCGAGACUUGAACCCCGCUGUAGCCCUACACCACCUUACCACUGCCUUGAAGCUAGGACCUUUUGCCAAUAGCAUUUGUAAGAAACCCCCUACAGACAUGGACGAUUUACGUCGACGAGCUGACAAAUAUAUGCAGAUGGAGGAAUUAGCAGAAUUCCGAAACCAAGCCCGAGCAGAGGUCUCGACAAAAUCUGACAAACCAACCGAUGUUAGUUUUCGGGGUCGACCGAAGGAUUUCGGGCCCCGCGAGAAACCACCCCGGGGUCCGAGGUACUCCCAAUAUACGCCCCUCAAUACAAGCAGAUCAGCAAUCCUGGAACGGGCACUUGCUUCAGAGGUGCUAGCAGUCCCGAAACGAGCCUCGACCCCUCCCAGGGCCGAUACAAGUAAGUUCUGCAGAUAUCAUCGCAAUAGGGGACACUCAACAGAGGAAUGUGCGACAUUGAAGGACAAAAUUGAAGACCUAAUCAAACAGGGACAGUUACAAAGUUUCAUAGAUCGCCUAAACUCGUCCCGACACACCGAUCGGCCUCGGCGGCAAGAUCAACCCGAGCAAAGAACAAGAACAGACUCAUACAGAGAACGAAGUCGGUCAAGAAGCAGAAGAGAAGAGGAACCCCCAACACAGACUCGGCGAGUCAUCAAUACCAUAGCCGGCAGAUUCGCUGGUGGCGGGUCAUCCUCCUCGGCUCAAAGGAGGCAUCUUCGAGCCGUUCGGCAUGUACAUGCAGUAGAAACAGUUCGUCGUCGUCUCCCCACUAUCACAUUCACCGAGAAUGAUUUCAGAGGCAUUGACCCGGAUCAGGACGACCCAAUGGUAAUCAGUGUCGAAAUCCACAACUGUGUUAUGCGAAAAACGUUGGUUGAUCAGGGAAGCUCCGCCGACAUUCUGUAUUGGAACACGUUUAAGCAGUUGGGCAUUCCGGAAUCCGAGCUGGUCCCUUAUGACGAACCUUUGGUUGGGUUUUCAGGUGAACGGGUUAAAACAAAAGGUUAUAUUAAGCUGUCAACUCGGUUCGGGUUUGAAGGAACCGAAUACCGAGACAUUUCGGUUAAAUACGUGGUGGUUCACACCAGUACAUCUUAUAACAUUCUACUUGGUCGGCCAUCCUUGAAUCGGCUUGGGGCAAUAGUUUCUACACCCCAUUUAGCCAUGAAAUUCCCGGCUGAAUCAAGGCAUGUCAUCACGAUCCACGCCGAUCAAAAAACUGCACGAGAAUGCUACUUUGCCAGCCUUCGAUUACCAAAAGUUAAUGAAGCGCGUGAGGAGCCGAAGGGUCUUCACUCGGUGUCACAGCAAUCGGUUAUUGACCUUGAUCCCCGGAUUGACAAAGACGAAAGAGUAUAA